AUGGCAACGGAAGUAACGAACGGUAACGGUGUAGCUUCUGAUGUGACCAAGAAUGGCGAUGGCCAUGGGUCGUCGGACUUCAAGCUCAAGUUUUGCACAGUUUGUGCCAGUAAUCAGAACAGAUCUAUGGAGGCACAUCUGAGGUUAUCUCUGGCCAACUACCCAGUCAUUUCCUUCGGAACAGGAUCCCUCGUCCGACUACCCGGUCCGACCAUCACGCAGCCCAAUGUAUACCAAUUCAAUAAGACCUCAUACGACAGUAUGUACAAGGAGCUUGAAGCGAAGGAUCCUAGGCUAUACAAGGCCAACGGUCUACUCAACAUGUUGGAACGUAAUCGCGGCGUCAAGUGGGGUCCCGAGAGGUGGCAGGACUGGCCGAUUGGCUUCCCAAGACUUCAACACUCGAAUGACAAGGGAAGCGAAGGCACAGAGGGUGGCAUCGUAGACGUUGUCUUUACCUGUGAGGAGAGAUGUUGGGAUGCCGUGAUCGAUGACCUCCACUGGCGAGGCGCGCCGCUGAAUCGGCCCGUCCAUGUUUUCAACGUCGAUAUCAAGGAUAACCACGAGGAAGCCUUGGUUGGCGGCAGAGGCAUCCUGGACCUGGCCAACUCGCUUAAUAAGGCCGCGGUAGAAGAGCGGGAGCGCACUGGCCAUACUGCCUUUGACAAUGGCAGCUCGUCUGCGAGGGCCAGCUUUGAUGAGCGGGUGCCGGAGAUCCUGGCUGAGUGGCAAGAGAGGUGGCCCAAUCUGCCCGCUGUUUGGACGUUGGCUUGGUUCUGA